UGGCCGUCAUCACCAUAUUGGAUCAUCCCACGGAUGGCUGAUUAUGGCGGACGGAAGAAUCAGUUGUCUACCUUUUGAAUCCAUUCACGCUAGCAACAAUCCAACUUCCUCAACUCUAUCGUUCUUUCUGGAUGGAACCAGAUGAUUAUCUCAGAAGAAAAGAUUAUUGGGAUACGAGUGGCAUACCCCCACAAUAUCUCAUGGGAAAAGCUAUGCUAACUGGAGAACCCAAUCCCAGUGGCAACAACAAUUACAGCGUUGUAAUUUUGAUCUAUAACAUCGAGAGUUUAUAUCCAUAUUUCAAAAACGGACAAGGUCCAUGGACCCAACUUGAUGGCAAUAAGUCAUACGCAGAUAUUAUGUGCUAUGGAAAUCAACUCUUCGCGCUGAGUAUUUCGGCUUCUAUUGACAUUUGGGAUUUUGAGGGUCCUUAUCCUGGAAAAAGAAUAUUGGAGAUCAGGGAUGGAUAUCUAUAUCGAAAUAAAUCUUCAUUGAGGGACACAGGAAAUCAAAUAAGAAAUCUGAAAACAAAUCCGAAUAGAUAUCCAAUUAGGCGAAAGCUUUACUUGGUUGAAUUGCAAGGGUGGUCUCGAAGAAUUUAUGGAAAUGAGACGAUUGGAGGUCAUGAUACGGGAAUAUACAGUGUGGAAGAUGGAAGCAUUGAAGAAAUCUAUGAAAUUGGUGGCGUCACAAGCAACGUUGAUCCACCACCUUGGUGAACGACAACCAGCAUCAUUGCUGAAUCAUGGGGCCGCCAAGACGGGAAGAAAGGAAUUAAAAUUUUGGAGCUGCCCCCUGUCCUCUUCGCUGACAUCUUUGCUCUGCUGGAUGCUUUCUCUCAAUGCCUGGUCUUACAUACUUUAAGGGAGGGGAACUCAUCUGCUGCAGAUUUCAUGGCUUCUCUAGAUCAUAAUGUUGUCACUGGAACAUCAAUUUUCCCAGAACAACCAGCUCCCUGCUGGCAUGGGCUUUAAUUAUCUGGAUUUUGGCAUAAAUUUCAAGCUUCGGA